ACAACGUUGUUCUGUUACGAGGUUCCGACUAUCCCUGAGGCCUGAAGUGAUCUCGUUAGAGACACAGAGAGAGAUAAAAGGAACAAUAAUAGGAAAAAAGAAGAAGAUGGCUUCAACGAGAGAUCUGGAGCUUCUGAUUCCGGUGUCAAGCAUCUCUGAAAAUGGAUGCUCUAAAUCAUCUUCAACUUCUUCAUCACCUGGUGUUAUCUCAAACCAACAUCACUCUGGCCAUGAGGCCUUUUCAAAAGUGAUUCGCAGCUGGGCCUCAAAGAAGUUUAUGACAGGAUGUGUCAUCCUUCUUCCCAUCGCUAUAACAUUCUAUGUCACUUGGGGAUUUAUCACCUUUGUUGACGGUUUCUUCUCCCCUAUAUAUAAUCAUCUAGGGAUCAAUAUUUUUGGUUUCGGAUUUAUUACCUCCAUCACUUUCAUUUUCUUAGUUGGAAUUUUCAUGUCAUCAUGGUUAGGAGCUUCUGUUCUCACCCUUGGCGAAUGGUUCAUCAAGAAAAUGCCUCUUGUAAGCUAUAUAUAUGCUGCCUCCAAGCAAAUAAGUGCAGCAAUAUCACCGGAUCAAAGCUCUAAUGCAUUCAAGGAAGUAGCCAUCAUAAGGCAUCCUCGUGUUGGUGAGUAUGCAUUGGGAUUCAUCACUUCUUCAGUAAUACUGCAAAGGAACAGAGAUGAAGAAGAGCUUUUUUGUGUUUAUAUUCCCACCAAUCACUUGUACCUUGGAGAUAUUUUUCUCAUUAGCCCAAAUGAUAUUCUGAGGCCUAAUUUGUCUGUUAGAGAAGGGAUAGAAAUUGUUAUAUCCGGUGGCAUGUCAAUACCUCAAAUAUUGACUACAGUGGAUGCUCAAGCCAAAUUGCCCACAAGAAAGCCAUCCUUUGCAACAUCACAAGUAAAAUAAUGGUAUAGUUUGUGAGAAAAGUAUCUGUUUAUUUCAACUUUAGUUUUCCCUUAACUAGUAAAUAGAAUUUUCUGUUUGUCUUCUAGGUUGCCCUUUAUAAUUAUUCUAUGACUCAAACCAUAUGUUCUACGAUUGGUUAAAAACUUGGAGAAAGUGAUGUGGUCAUUUAGGCUAGAGUGAACGCAAACGGACACCUUCCCAAAUUCCCCAAUCCCAGAAAAUAGGCUCUGAAAAAACUGAA